AUGAACCUGGGGAGAGGAUUUUCCAUUCCCCGGGAUAAGGGAGUCGUUCAGAAUGGGGAUCCUUGUAUUCCUUUGACACCGGAUAAGCCAAUUCUACAGAGAUCGAGUCACUUACCUGCUGAAAUGCAGCCGGGAAGUACAAAUUGGCAGGAUUUGCUUGGAAUUUACACCGGGUUUUUACAGGACGAGACCUGUAAUGGGGCUCAACAGAAUUUCUCACGUCCUGGAUAUGUAGGUCGGAAUCAAGGGGAAUUUAACGAUAGGGAUGUUGCUCCAAUUCAGGGGUUCAGAAGCUUCAAUCAAAAUUCUAGAAAUGGUGGUUCCUAUAUACGAAAUUUAACUCCUACUGGACUCCUAGGUCAUCAGAAUCAUGGGCAACAUAGCAAUAGAGAUGUUGCUCUAACUGAGAAAUUUGGAAGCUUCGAUCAAAAUGCUAGAAAUGUUGGGUCCUAUAUUAAACAUUUAGGGAAUGAUAUUCCUCAGAAGGUUAAUUCAUUAGUAGAAUUACUGGGGACGAAGCAUGCUGUGCUUACACCCCCUAGAGUCGAGACAGCAAACAGAAAUUUUGUUGUGGACAAGACUAUCCUCAGUCCACAUUCUCAAGUCUUAACCAACCGGACAGGGUACAAAUACAAUAGUUCUACAUUCCAGCAGAACCACACUCUGUAUGUAAAUCAAGAUGUUGGUAGUUACAGCCUACAGCAAAUACCAACGGAUGGUAAUUACCGACCCAGUUAUAAUCCGAUAUUACCACCACCAAGACCAGAAGCUGGUGCAUCCACAAGUACAGUCAGGCUCUUCCAAUUAGGGCCAGUAACGCCAGAUCAGCAAAACAAAUCAAAGAACUUCCAGCCCACUGAAGCACCACAUUGGUUGAUGGACAAAAUCCCAAGUCAAGAAAAUGAUGAUCCAGAGAAUGCAGUCUUCUCUCAACAACUUGAAAUUGCAGAGAAACAAUCUAAUCAAUUAUUGAAGAACAUUGUGGACGAAUCUACAGCCAUGUUGAAAUUGCCAAACAAAAAGAGCGUUUCUGAUAAUGGAAGUCAUGUAAUCUUAUCUCGACCACCUGAAAUUGUAGACAAACAAUCUAAUCAGAUAAUGCAGAACACUGUGGACGAAUCUACACCCAUUUUGGAAUUGCCAAAGGAAAAGAACAUUUUUGAUGACGGAACUUGUGGAGGAAUUGAUCAGAACAAGACACCACAGCAGAAACCACCCAGAAGAAGAAAACACCGACCAAAAGUAGUGGUGGAAGGGAAACCCAAAAAGACACCGAAGCCUGCUACUCCAAAAAAUAAUAGCUAUGAUGGAAUUCCUUCGGGCAAAAGGAAGUAUGUACGCAAAAAGGACAUUAAAACCUCCACGACUCAACUGGCUGGUGUAGUGAAUGAGGUUGGAGUCUCUAACAUGAACUCUGCAGCAAAAUCAUGCAGGAGAAUGUUAAACUUUGACUUGGAAAAUGGAGCAGAAAAGGAAAACCAGGACAGAGCAAUUGGUAACCAAGCAGAGAUAAAUGAAAAGAAAAAGAUGUCUUUCACUUUGAACUUAAAUUCUCAGAAUGUAGAAGGGCGUACAGGAUUCAACAGGGAAUCUACAACAUCUUCAGUGAAGGAAUGGCAUCAAAAUGUGUAUAACAUAGAGAAACAACAAACAGAGAAUUUACGCAUUUUUGACAAUUCUGGAAAUCACACCGCCCUGCAAUUAUCGUUGCCACUUCCAUCUUCAGCACCACCGUCUACAACAAAGGAUCAUACAUUAAAUGUCAUAGCAAGGAAUUUGAGUAUGCGAAAUGCCAAUACAAACCAAAGGGGCAGCCCAAAUCGGUGCAGUCAGGUUGAUCCUCAUGUCAGUGGAGGACGCCUACCCCAGUUUGCCAUUCAAACACAUACCAAUGAAACAAAGGUAGAUGGAAGAAGACAACCAACGUUGCAGGCUGGGGCUCAACUUCUGGACGAUUUAGUGGAUGUCAUUGACAGACGGCGAUCCAAGAGAGAAUAUUCCUGUGCUGAGUUGUCACAGUACGACACUUCUGCAAUGAUGGGCUGUCAACUAUUGUGCCAGAGAGUUUCUAAGAAAGGCUAUUAUGCCAGUGAGAGCAACAGCUUAUGGCAAGAUGGUUUAGAAACUAGUAAGAGAAAGAAGGUUGAGGAUAAAUUUCAUGUAACCUCAUCAAGCACGCCUUCUAGCAUAACUGUUGAAUGUUGCUCAAGACAAGUUGAAGGAAGAGGCACAUACAGUAUCCAAGCAAACAACUCUACUUUGCACCUGAAUGGUGGAUUACCAUAUUCUGGCUUUGAAGAGAGGAGCACCUCCAGGAAGCCAAAUAAUGAAGCCAACAAGGUCCUCCAUGAUUGGUACAUGAACCCCGCAAAUUUUCAACAUGAACUUCAGCAGCAACUCACUUCAUCUCGAGUGCAUUCACGUGCAGAACAAAUUGUGCAGAAGGUCACUUGUCACACUAAUAAAGCCCAAAGCUCCAACUCCCUUGCUGCAAUUCUUUGGAAUCAGGAGUCUUCAUCUCAAAGAGACCCUAAAAUCACUCCAGGAAAUGAAAUAAUAAAUUCUUCUAUUCAUGUUUCGGUAAAGGGACAGACAGCUAGACUGAAAUCAUUCAAUCAAGCACUCAAUAUGGAGAAAGUUAUCAGUAAAGAGAACAAGACAAGAGGUUACGAAGGUCACUCCAAAAAUGUCAUAGGCUCACUAGGAGAUGGCAGACAUAUAGUUUCAGUUGAUGAUAUUAUAGAUCGUUUAAAAUCUCUGAGCAUCAAGAGUAGUGGAAAGGAAAUUGUUGGGGAGCAGCAAGGUGCACUUGUUCCGUAUAAACAAGAUGGUGCCAUUGUUCCAUAUGAAGAAUUUGAUCCAAUAAAAAAACGACGGCCACGACCUAAAGUAGAUCUUGAUCCCGAGACUAAUAGACUAUGGAAUCUUUUGAUGGGUAAGGAAGGAAGAGAAGGCACAGAAACGACGGACAAGAAUAAAGAGAAGUGGUGGGAAGAAGAAAGGAAAGUGUUCCGCGGACGAGUAGACUCGUUCAUUGCACGGAUGCAUCUUGUUCAAGGUGACAGACGAUUCUCCAAAUGGAAAGGAUCAGUUGUUGACUCGGUGAUUGGAGUGUUUCUCACGCAGAAUGUUUCAGAUCAUCUUUCAAGCUCUGCCUACAUGUGUCUUGCAGCCAAAUUCCCCCUGAAAUCAACAAUUAUCAGACAACCAUGCUGCCAAAAUGGAGGAAGCCCGUCAGUUGAAGAAUGUGAGGUUCAAGUAACAUGCCCAGAUGGCACUAUAACUUAUGAUCACACCACAAUAAGACAGCCAGUGUACAACCACAGCUCUGUAACAUCCAGUGGAUCAUGUCAAUACAGAGCAGGAAAUGUCGUGUCAGGAACAAGAACCUUUGGAAUGGACAAGCAAUAUAAAAGAGCAGAGGAUGACGUCAUUUCAUCACAAAGUUCUUCUGAAUCUCUCAUUCUCCAAGCAAAUGAAGAUGUCAGAUCCAGCUCAGGAUCAAAUUCAGAAGCCGAAGAUCAAAUAUCUGGGUGUAAUUUAGGCAAAAACUGUGGCCCUCUAAAUCUUUUGGAACAGGCUGAAAAAAUGGCUGCAUUACAGGAAUAUCAGCAUCGAGUGAUGGGAAGUUCAUCUCCAGAUAAGAAACUCUCUCAAUCGGAUCCUGUGUAUAGCCUGCAUCAUCAGAGGCCAAGUCCCCUGUCCACUAAUUCCUGCUUAAGCACGACGACAGGCUUGGAAGAAUGGGAAUCAAAUUUCCUUGCAUCUCCAGGAAAAGAAAGCAUAUCUUCUCUGGCAUCAACAGAUUUUGAGAAUACCAAGAUAACAGAUGUAGAACAUGCACAUUAUAACAUAGGACAGAAUCUAGAAAGGAGUUUUAUCCCCCAACAGACUGGAAGACCGGAUUUAACAACAAGAGUGGAGCAUACAAUGCAAAACAAUUGCCUUGAACCACAGAUAAAUAUACCAGCUGGGACUCAAAGAAAAGAGGGUCAACAUUCCACCAACUGCAACAGAGGAAGCCACAAGACCAUUCAGCAAGAAAGCAACUUUCUAUCAAACUGCACUGCACCUGCUAAAGCAUUCAAUGAAAGAUCAAGUGGUAAUUUCCAACACUUAAAGAAUAAAAUAUCUGAACCAAAUGCAGCAGGACAAGUAAAUUCUACAACCAGACCAAUGAAUCAGACAGGUCCCACAGCUUCAAAUGCAACAAAGACAAAAGUUGGGAAGGAAAAGAGAGAAACAUAUCGCUGGGAUGAAUUGAGAAAGCAGGCACAAUUGAAGGUUGGAAAAAGAGAAAGAUGUGAGGAAACAAUGGACUCUUUGGACUAUGAAGCAUUAAGAAAGGCUGAUGUUCGUGAGAUUUCGGAAACAAUCAAGGAAAGGGGAAUGAACAACAUGCUAGCAGAGAGAAUUAAGGAAUUUCUCAAUCGACUGGUUGAAGACCAUGGAGGAAUCGACCUGGAAUGGUUGAGAGACGUUCCGCCAGAAAAGUCCAAAGAUUAUCUACUAAGCAUACGAGGACUGGGGUUAAAGAGUGUGGAGUGCGUACGCCUGUUAACACUUCAUAACCUUGCAUUCCCAGUUGACACAAAUGUUGGACGAAUUGCUGUACGACUCGGGUGGGUACCUCUCCAACCACUUCCUGAAGAACUCCAGUUGCAUCUCCUUGAAAUGUACCCAGUGCUGGAAUCUAUCCAGAAAUAUCUUUGGCCCAGACUCUGUAAGCUGGAUCAGAAGACAUUGUAUGAGCUACACUAUCAGAUGAUAACAUUUGGAAAGGUAUUCUGCACAAAGAAACAACCAAAUUGUAAUGCGUGCCCAAUGAGAGGAGAGUGCCGACACUUUGCUAGUGCUUUUGCAAGCGCAAGACUUGCCCUCCCAGGGCCAGAAGACAAAAGUAUCGUUGCAUCUACUGCUCCAACAACUGCCAAUAAAAACCCUGGUGUAACAAUAAAGCCAAUGGCACUACCACCACUAGGUGACAAUUCAGAUAGAGAAACAGGGCAAAACUGUGAUCCUAUUAUCGAGGAACCAACAACGCCAGAACCACCCGUGGAAGUGUCAGAAAGUGAUAUUGAGGAUGCAUUCUAUGAGGAUCCCGAUGAAAUCCCUACAAUCAAACUCAAUAUAGAACAAUUUGCUACAAAUUUGCAGAGCAUUAUCCAAGAGCAAAACAUGGAGAUGCAAGAAGAAAGUAAUUUGUCAAAAGCCCUUGUUUCUUUGCGUCCAGAAUUUGCUUCAAUCCCAACGCCCAAACUGAAAAGCGUGAGUCGACUGCGGACAGAGCACCAAGUCUACGAGCUCCCAGACAAUCAUCCACUACUGAAAGGGAUGGAAAGGCGAGAAACUGAUGAUCCUAGUCCAUACCUUCUUGCUAUAUGGACACCAGGAGAGACAGCAGAUUCAAUCCAACCACCUAAAAGUAAAUGCAGCCAUCAAGAAUUAGGUGGACUUUGUGAUAAGAAGGUGUGCUUUUCAUGCAAUAGCAUAAGAGAAGAACAAACACAAACAGUCAGAGGCACACUUUUGAUUCCAUGCAGAACAGCAAUGAGAGGGAGUUUCCCUCUGAAUGGUACUUACUUUCAAGUCAAUGAGGUAUUUGCGGAUCAUGAAUCUAGUCUUAAUCCUAUCAAUGUUCCAAGAAAUAUGUUGUGGAGCCUGCCGAGAAGGACAGUUUUCUUUGGGACCUCUGUCUCAACUAUUUUCAAAGGCUUGACAACUGAAGGUAUCCAAUAUUGUUUCUGGAAAGGAUUUGUUUGCGUCCGAGGAUUUGAGCAGAAAUUGAGAUCCCCAAGACCUCUGGUGGCCAGAUUGCAUUACCCUGCGAGCAAGAUGGCCAAGAAAAAUGAGCAAAAAUAA